AUGGAGUCAGACGAGUCCCUUUACCCCAUCGCCAUCUUGAUAGAUGAGCUAAAGAGCGAUGAUGUGACGUUGCGUCUCAAUGCGAUUCAUCGGAUCUCCACCAUAGCCUUGGCUCUCGGUCCUCAGCGUGCUCGAGAUGAGCUGGUGCCCUUCUUGCAAGACAGCCUGGAUGACGAGGAUGAGGUCCUGCUCGCCCUCGCGGAGGAGCUUGGGCCAAGCUUUGCUGAGCACCUGGGAGGACCACCUUACGCGCACUUGCUUCUUGGACCCCUGGAGAACUUGGCCGCGGUGGAGGAGACCGUCGUUCGCGAGAAGGUGCGUGGGUGAAAGGAUUCAGAGUCAGGAGGCCUGAUCUGUGGACUGACAUUUGUAGUGCUGCACACCUUAGGCUUCCGAAAGCAUCACGAAGCUGGCUGCCCUCCUCACACCGGCGCAAAUUGACGAGCACUACCUUCCCCUACUGAGGCGUCUGAGCGGAGGUGAUUGGUUCACCAGCCGCACGAGCGCCACGAGCCUCUUUGCGGCCGUGUACCCCAAAGUGGGCGGAGAUGUGGCCAGCACGCAAGAGGAUUUGAGAAAAAUGUUUGCGGCGCUCUGCAACGAUGAUACGCCCAUGGUUCGCAGAGCUGCUGCGAGGGAUCUCGGUGUGAGUAAGAGGCGGAUGUCGUCGCUCUAGAUGGCACGUGCGCCGAGCCCUGAACGCGUGCUUGCGCUGUCCUUCCCAACAGCCUUUCGCAAAAUGCCUGUCAAAGGAGCAAGUUGUCACGGACAUUAUACCCCUCUAUCGCAAGCUCUCCUCGGAUGAUCAAGACAGCGUCAGGCUGCUCACUGUGCAAGACCUCAUCGCUAUUGCUGAAAUCGUGUCCCACGAAGAGACAAAGAGCUACCUGCUGCCCAGCAUCAGGGCAGCCGUCGGUGACAAGAGCUGGCGCGUACGCUACAUGGUAGCAGAUCACUUUGUCAAGGUGCGUUUGGCAUUGAAUUCGCCCCUUCAGUUGAAGCCGCUGCCUGACUUGUGCUUCGUGUCCGGCCGGCCCCCCCUCUACAGCUUGCGACGGCAGUAGGACAGGAUGUGGUGCGAGACGAGUUGGUGCAGGCCUUUGUCGCGCUGCUCAAAGACAAUGAAGCAGAGGUGCGGACAGCAGGAUCGGGGCAGGUACCAGGCUUUGCCAAGCUGGUAGACACGGACAUCAUCCUCGCCAGAUUGCUGCCCUGCGUUAGAGAGCUCUCAACAGACCAAAGCCAACACGUCAGAGCUGCGCUUGCUACGCAGAUAUCUGGUCUGGCGCCUUUGCUUGGCAAGGAUGCUACUAUCGAGCAUCUGCUGCCUCUCUUCCUGUCUCUUCUCAAAGACGAUUUCCCGGAUGUUCGGCUCAACAUCAUCUCCAAGCUGGAGCAAGUCAAUGAGGGUGAGUACUAUUCCAGUUGCCAGAUGCAAUUAUGGAAGAAAGACACGCGCUGAAGCAGUCGCAUUUGCAAUGCCCACAGUCAUUGGCAUUGAGCUGCUUUCUCAAUCCCUGUUACCCGCUAUCGUCGAGCUGGCAGAGGACAAGCAAUGGCGGGUCAGGCAAGCGAUCAUCGAGUACAUUCCUCUCCUCGCAAACCAAUUGGGCGUCAGCUUCUUUGACGAGCAGCUGGCCAAUCUGUGCAUGUCUUGGCUCGGAGAUACUGUCUUCAGCAUCAGAGAAGCGGCCACUGUCAACUUGAAGAAGCUCACGGACGUGUUUGGGGUCGAGUGGGCUAGACAGACGAUCAUUCCCAAGGUGCUGCAGAUGGGUGUGCACCCCAACUACCUCUACAGGAUGACGACCAUCUUUGCUAUCACGGUGAGUAGUAGCGGGCGAAAAAUGGAUGAAAUGUGCUAUUGUUGAUCGUCUUUUGCCUCGGAUUGGCAGACGAUGGCGCCUUCGCUCAAUGCUGAAGCCAUCAACGAUACGAUUCUGGACGCUGUGGUUCCCAUGGUGGAGGAUCCGAUCCCCAACAUCCGUUUCAACGUGGCCAAAGCUUUCGAAGUGCUGGCCAGCGUCUUGUCUCAGACGGAUGGAGGGAGAUCAGCAGUGUCGAGCAGGAUCGUGCCUGGCUUGGAGAAGCUCAAGGAGGACUCGGAUGCGGAUGUGAGGUUCUUUGCUCAGAAGGGUCUGCAGGCUAUUGAGAACUCAAAGACUACCGCUUAG